AUGCCUUGUUACCUGCAGAUUUGCGUUGCGUGGAUAGAGGAACUGGACGUAUACUUUUCGGGUUUCGGGCUGGUUUUCCCGUUCCUCGGAGCAGAACGUUUCGCGUGGCGGUUCUGUUGUUACGGGCGGUCGCUUCAGAGGAGAUCGAGUGGUCUUGAUUCGGUACGUUCCGGAGGGCGUGCAGAUUAUUCGAGAAUGCGUGGAGUUUCGUAUAUCUUGCGAAACGUAUUCAAAGAGAGUUAAACUAUUCUUUCUGGGAUACCGGCUCUAUAUUCUUAAUGAACUCCUACCGUACCUUACACUUGCACUGGUGAUUUUCGUUCUGCUAUAACUUUUAAAUAAUAUGUUUAAUACAGUUCUUCCAGAUACUUCUGACGAUAUGAUCGGAUAGGUUUAUUAGGUUUAUGAUCGAGGACAGCACUCCUUUUGAACCUUUAGAUUAUACGAUGACUUCGGUAAUAGUAUUAUAUUUGUUGAAUUUUUAACGAUUGUACAUGCGAACACCUUGUAUUUUCUGGUUGUUCAAUGGUAUUAGCUUUGAAGUAAUUAGUUUUUCUCGUUUUACUAAGUGAAAUAAAUGUGUACAUCGUUUGACAUGUGAACGUGUAUUUAAUAUGUGUAUGAGAGCACCGAGCCCAUCAGACCAACAGUGGUGCGUAUUAAGCUGUCGUUUCAGAUGGAAUUCGCUCGCCGUGUGCACUCUCCGGUGAACGUACCUUUUCGAGAAUAGUGUCGGUUGUCGGGACACCCCGUGAAAAUGUAGCAAAAGGGCGACCUGUACAUUUUAUUCACGCCACGAAUUCGUUUAACGCCGGGUAAUUUACUGAGAUUUUAAUAUGUAUAUUUGCGACCCUAAGGAACAUAAAUCUCGAAAGAAACGCUUUAUUAUUGUUUAUUUGUAAUUUCGUUUUGUUUGACAGAGGACAUAUUUUCGUCCGUCCUCCGGUUUCCGCUCGAACGAUACUCGUUCAACGUGCCCGCAGACACAUGCGAUAUAAUAUAUAAUUAAUAAUAGUAUCAUAACAUUAUUUUGUAGCGUACGAAAACGUUGUUUUUGGUUUGUUCACGGGCAUUUCAAAUACAAUAGAACCAACUGGCACGAUAUUACAUUAUAAAACGACCGGAAAAUCGUGACUUGGAAUAUUAACGCAGUCGGGUUUCACCUCACCUCAUUCCGAAACCCGUUGAAGAAGAAGAAGAAAAAAAAAAUAUAACAGAAUCGACCUUCGUUGCCCAUCUGCUUUCGUUAUAAUAUUAUCUCAGAAUAAUUCUUCGUACUUUCCGAAUACGAAUCAAUGUAACGACACGCAUUUAUGCGUAUUUACAUAAAUAAUAUUAUAACAACAGGACGGUUUGCCUCUACCAUAAGUAUUUCAUUGGGAAAAGAACUCGGGGAGGGGGGGAUUUACGUGAAAAACAAACCAGCCACUCUUUGGAUGCUCAGGACUUCGUUCUCGCGUAGAAAAAAAUAACACAAUAUCUUGGGACGUUUUACCCGUUAAGUGGUUCACCCGACGAUGAUGGCGGUGGUUACAAAUAAAAAUAAUAAUACGCGGUCGGUCGGUGUGCUGGGGGUGAUAGGUGAAAGUAGAAAAAGAAAUAACGUGGGAACAGGUGUGAUGUGGCCACGGGGGUGGCAGUAGUGUGGAUUUACGACACGACAAAAAAACGUACCUACGUAAAAAAAAAAAAAAAAGGGAGUAACGUGAAAUACUCUGCGGUCGAUUUUAAACGUAGGGCGAUUGAUCCGCGGGAAAACUACAAAACAAACAGCACUCUUUAUCAUAUGUGGGGGCGUUACACGGGUUUUCGAGUGAACCAAUUUUUCCAUCCGUAUGAACGGAGAUAAAUCACGAUUAUUGUUAUUAAGGUAUUUAUUUCAGUGGCGUAUAACUUAAAAGAAGAUAUUUUAUUUAUUUUUUAGUUUGAAUGAGGGAGUUGGUGAAGACGAUAAAAUAACUUUCACUGUGGUAAUUAGUAAUAACAAACGAUAAUAUAUGUGUCUAUAAUACGAGUAGUUGAUAACAAUUUGCAUUCGUUACAAGUCCCGGAUUGUUGCGUAUAUUAUCAUCAUCAUAUUAUUAUAUCGUUAUCAAAAAAAAAAAAACAAUAAUUUUUUAACAAUUCAAUCCGAAUCAUUAUAUACUCACAAACAAAAUAAACAAUAAAAUACAUUAAUUACAAAAAAAAAAAAAAAAACUCGAUACAAGUAGGAUUAACUAAUUUUGCUUUUAAAUAGUUAAUCCCAAAAUCUUCGGAUACCGAGAUUUUAAUGCUUUCGCUACUUUUCGGCACGUCACCGCCGUAGUUAAUGCGGAUAAGUACCUAUAGAAUGUAUUAACAAAAUGCAAUAUUUCCCCUGUGUGACUUUUAAAUGCAUUUUAAUUAUCAAAACGGAAUCUUGUUGACCAGAGUAAAGUCUGCGCAUAGACUUCAUAAGUACCGAUACCAUAUAUAUAUAUAUAUAUUAUUAAAUUCGUUUUCAACCGAUUCGGGUGCAAAUUUACAAUCUAAUAAACUGCACUAUAAUAUAGAACGUUGCAGCACAUUGCAGAGGGUCCACUCGCUCCAUCACUCACAUCUUUUUAGAACUCGUACAAACGUUUAUUUUAAUAUUUCGAUUACAGCCAAUAAAUAUUCGUUCGUUCAAACUGAGUAUACAUAAAACAUUACAUAAUAUUAUUAUGUAUAUGAAUACUGAAAUAAUAUCGUUUCGUUUAUUAAAUAAAUACAGAGCGUCUCACGGUGAUAUCGUUAUUGCGAUAUCUCGGAAAGUAUUAACUUUUUUCAACACUAUAUUUUUUUUGACAAUUUGAAAAACUAGCAGCUCUAAAAUGUUGCUUUACAGUUGUUUUCAACGGCGAAUCGAUUAUUUAAUUUUGAUUCAUGUAGUUACAUACGUUGAAAAUUAGAACCAUACCCGUUGGCGGGAUAUUUCGCUUUUAAGUUUGGGUGUAGGGGGAGAGUAUUGGAGCACCAUUUGUGUGGUAACACAGCGCACCGAGUUUGAAUAGUGUUCUGCUUCGCUAUACUCCCUUUGUGCAUACUCAAAAGCGGAAUAUUCAUUGACGGAAAUAAAAAACGUCAACGCCAAAAUUUAUUUUGACUUAUAAUGCGUCUAUUUAUAAAAUGUUUAUAAUAUAGAUCGCUAUUUGAAAAUUAAAAGUAAUUAGUCCGGUUCACUAUCAUAAAUAAAGGUGAAGACAAAAAAAAAAAAUAAUGUUAAUAUACAAUGUGAGAACAACUUGUUUCUUAAAUAUUCUAAAACAAGAAUUACGAAACAAGUUAAUAUUUUCCAAGGGAUACCCUGUACAAAAAAAUACAAAUAUACAAAUUUGAAAUGUCGACAGUAGUACAUAAUAUUGAACAAAUAUGCAUUAGGAUAGUAAAAAUUCACUUAAACACAUAAAUAAUUUUGUGAAAUGUAUCAUACGAUUUAGUAGUUAUGGUUUUUAUACCACAUUUAAACGAAUUUUGACAAAACGAUACCUUAUUAUAGUACAUAAAACUGCCGGAAAUAAAAUUGUUGUUUGUAUAGGUAUUUUGAAUAAUUUAUUAAAACUUGUGUGCCAAAAAAAAAAAAAAAAACAGAGAAACACGUGUGUUUAAUUAAAUCAUUAACCUUUUUGCAUGAUGUUUACUCUUCUCGUUAAGGGUUGUAGAUUUUCGGACGAUGAAGUUCAUUUGUUUUUUUUUUUCAAACGACCUUGUGGUGUUGAAAAAGGACACCUGAACAUCGAAUGAUAACAAAAAAAAAAAAAACUAAAGUAUUAAAAUUGUGUGCGAAACACAAACUUUAACAUUGAAGAAUUUUAUAAAAAAGGGUUGAAAACUUUCGAGUGGAUUAUACUUUAUAAUAAACAUAAUAUUAUUAUUAUACCUUCACCUAUAUAGAACGAUAUUAUUUUGUAUAAAAAGUACUUAUUUUUUCUGCUGUGUAUUUGCUUAUAUUCGAAUUUUAUUUAAUUACUGCGUGAUUUUUCGACCACAGAAAAAAUUUUAAUACAAUUUAAAUUUAAAUAUUAAGGGACUUUUUAUUUUUAGACUCCGAGUGUAGUGAAGAAGCAGUUUUCAGUUUUAUAGGGACGUCUUAUUCUUUAGAUUAUACAUUUUUUGUUAAUUAAAAUUGUUCCCAUUAUAGUGCCUUGACCCUUAUUUUCGGUAUAUCAAAUCAUUGUAAUAUUUGUUUAAAUCAGUUAGAUAUUGGAGAUGUUAUUGCGAAAAAUCCGCAUCCGAUGUUUUUCAAAUUUGAAAAAAAAAACACGAUCCCCACUAAUAUAAACAUUCGGUUCUAUAUAAUCUUACCUUUUUAAUUGUUCUUAACAUGCAUUACAUUAUAUCGACAAACUAAACUAGAAUCGAUCAGAUUAUUUCAUUUUCCUAUUUCCCUCAACCGUGUCGCGAACCCUUUUCAUCUGUAAAAUAGUAAACAUAUUAUUUCGUGUUAUAGACUACAGAUAUUUUUAACCCGUAUAAUUUUUGGGCCCCACAACAAGCUGCUAAUUACUUUCGCCUCAGAAUAGAUGGACAAAGGUAAUUUUUUUAAUAAUUGCGUCGUAUGCAUUUUGUUUUCCUUUAUCUUCUAUUCAUUUAAAUGUUAUAAGGGUAUGUAUAUUCGAGAACACAAUACGUUACAUCGGAAAUUAAAAUAUCUUAUGUUCAAAUUAUGUACUUUUUGUUUGACAAAUAAGACAUUAGUCAUACAAUUAUAUGAGUUUAGUUAUUAGGAACGCGUAUAUUUAGGUUAGCCCAUUAUGCAAUUUAGUCAAUUAACAAUUAUUUUUUUCAGACUCUCUUUUAUGUGGAUUAAAUUUCGAAAAUCCUGGUUUAAGGCACACGUGUAUCCGUUUCUAUGGAACAUUUCUAGACCUCAAGGUGCGAUUACAGAUUCUUCUAUGGAUCACACGUACAGCCAGAUGAAAAUCAUAACAAUACUUCAUCUUGUCAACAUAUAA